UUUCUCAACAGAAAAAGUAGAAACGAGAGGAAGAGAGAGAGAGAGAGCCUGGGAACAGAACAGUUCGAUAGAGAGAGAGAGUCGCCGUAAUUUUUCGAUACAUCUUCGGAAAUCUCUGUGAUCUCUGGUUGAAAGUGUGUGUUCGGUAGCCGGAUUCUGAUUUGAUAUUGAAAUCGAUUUUUUCUUUAUUCUUUUGGCGGUGAGCGGAGAUGGUGAAUUCAAUGGUGGAACGAGCCACGAGCGACAUGCUGAUCGGUCCAGAUUGGGCCAUGAACAUAGAGAUCUGCGAUACGCUUAAUCACGACCCUGGGCAAUCGAAGGAUGUUGUUAAAGGAAUAAAGAAACGUAUUGGCAGUAAGAAUUCAAAAGUUCAACUUCUUGCCUUAACACUACUGGAGACGGUCGUAAAGAAUUGUGGGGACAUUGUUCACAUGCAUGUAGCAGAGAAGGAUGUUCUUCAUGAGAUGGUGAAGAUAGUAAAAAAGAAGCCUGACUUUCAUGUCAAAGAGAAGAUAUUGAUCCUGAUAGAUACUUGGCAAGAAGCUUUUGGUGGACCGAGGGCAAGAUAUCCGCAGUAUUAUGCUGCAUACCAAGAAUUGUUGCGUGCUGGGGCAGUAUUCCCUCAGAGAUCUGAAAGGCCUGCACCUAUAUUCACACCUCCACAAACACAUCCUUUGACAUCAUAUCCUCAUAAUAUACGCAAUCUUGACAAUCAGCAAGAAACAGCUGAAUCAUCUGCAGAGUCUGAGUUUCCAACCUUGAGCCUGUCUGAAAUUCAGAAUGCACGCGGCAUCAUGGACGUCCUUGCCGAAAUGCUGAGCGCAAUAGAGCCUGGGAAUAAAGAGGGGCUUAGGCAGGAGGUUAUUAUUGACUUGGUCGAGCAGUGCCGUACAUACAAGCAGAGAGUGGUGCAUCUUGUUAACUUGACUUCGGAUGAAUCACUGCUGUGCCAAGGACUAGCACUUAAUGAUGACUUGCAGCGUGUACUGGCUAAGCAUGAAGCAAUUGCUUCAGGAACUUCUCUUCAAACAGAGAAACCAAAGCCUGAACCUGUUAGAGCACUUGUUGACGUUGGUGAUCCUCUAGUUGAUACUCAACCCGAUGGGAGAUCCACCUCGGGUACUAGUGCAGAGUUGCAGCCACUGAACCAGUUGUUGCUUCCAGCUCCUACUCCAACUAAUGCUUCAGCUUCUUCAGCAAGAGUUGAUCCCGAAAUAGACCUGCUCAGUGGUGAUGACUAUAGCUCACCCAAAGCAGAAACUUCAUUGGCUCUUGUUCCCGUGGGAGGACAACAGCCAGCCAGUCCUGUAUCUCAGCAGAACGCCCUUGUUCUCUUUGACAUGUUCUCAGAAACUAGCACUCCAAAUUCUGUCAAUACUCAAUCUGCCAAUCUUGCUGGACAAAUCAACCCGUCGGCUCCGCAAAUCGAACAGCAGCAGAGUUUUCAAUCCCCUCAAGGUGGAUUUUACUCGAAUGGAAGUGUCCCAAAUGCUGGAUCACCUCAGUAUGAGCAAUCAAUUUACAUGCAAGGUGCUGGUUCUGCCUGGAAUGGCCAGAUUACCCAGCAGCAGCAGCCACAUUCGCCUGCCUAUGGUGCUCAAAGCAGCGCAUCAUUACCACCUCCACCUUGGGAAGCUCAGCCUGUGGACAAUGGUAGUCCAGUAGCAGGUGCUCAAUACCCUCAACCAGCGCAAGUUACUCAAAUGGUGGUUGCGCAUGCACUGAGUGGUGCACAUUCUCCUCUGGGACCUCAACCAAUGGGGAAGGACCAGGUAGUAGGUAUGUAUAUCCAGCCAAUUACAAGCAGCCAUUUGUCGGCAAUCAAUAGCCAGGUUGGUCAGAGCCAGCAGUUGAGUUGGCACUCUCAGCCAAUCCAGGGAGGGCCGUCUAUGGGAAUGCUUCCACAGCCGAUGCAAACUGCCCAGAUGGCAUCAAUGUAUCCUCAACAAAUGUAUGGGAACCAAUUUGCAGGUUAUGGCUAUGGUCAGUCACAAGGGGUGCAAUACCUAGAGCAGCGAAUGUACGGAUUAUCUGUUAGUCAUGAUAACAAUGGCUUGAGAAACUCCUACCAGGUUUCUACUUCAUCUUAUGUCCCACCUAACAAGCCUUCUAAGCCAGAGGAUAAGCUCUUUGGGGAUCUUGUUGACAUGGCAAAAGUGAAAUCAACGAAACCCACGCCUGGUAGAGCUGGUGGCAUGUGAAGUCAUGGCUGGUUUUGGUGCUAGCUUGAUCUUAUUCUUCUGUUGCUUAUUUUUUUUUCUCCAUAAUUUUUUAGUGUCUAUAAUCUCCAACUAGCAAUGUUUUACACUUUGCAACCAAACUACCAAAAUUGACACAUUGCAUCCUCCAAUCAUCAGUUUUUUGUUAAAUAGUACUCUUCAUCCAAGUUUGACCGUUAAGAUUUUAUAGGGAGUGUAAUUUGACAGAGUCAAAAAUGGUUGAAGAAUGCAAUGUGACAGUUUAGUAGUUCAAGAUGUGAAAUGUAAAAUACUUGCUAGUUGGAGAGUGAAAAGUGUAUUUUCCCAAUAUAUAAAUAUAUAUAUAUAUAUAUAUAUAUAUAUAUAUUAUAAAUAUUUGUUUUUCGCCCGCAUUUGUGUUAGCAUUGGGGAUCUUGUACAUUCCUUGUAGAGACAGAAAAAGAGGACAAAAGAUGGAUACCUCCCAGUGGAUGAAGACGGCGUUGAUGACAUUUCAAUUUUUUUGUCCUCCAAUUAAUUGGAUGGUUUUUUUAUUUUUUUUUUUGAGUUGUGGCAAAUUGUAAUUAUUAGACUGUGAGUGAAAUUUGUCUGCAACUUUCAAGGCUAGGUUCUCUUCAAGAAUUUUCCACCGUCAUUGGGAUUAUAGGGUCCUCCCUAAC